AGUUUUGAAUAUGCAUAUAACCUCCCACAAGCCACCUCGACCAAGUGGGGACGUCUCAAAACACCAUCGCCAAUUGUGCGCUCCUCCAGGAGUUCCCGUCGAAUCGCACCGGAAUCGAUUGAUCACUGUAAAUCGGCCAAUUUAAUCAAUUAAACGCGCGCGGUUUUUUGCGGAAAAAUGAACGCGAGAAAGAAAAAAGGAAAAUCCAGAAGCAGAUCGAAAUCUACUGUUAGUGACAUAGUGGAAAAUAGAGAUGAAUAUUUCGGUGGUGGAAUUGAAAAGUAUUCAGUGAAAAUAUCGAAAUUAAUGGGAAGAUAUAUGGUUGCAAAUGUGGAUCUAAGACCAGGUGAAGUAAUUUUAAGCGAACUCCCGAUAGUAGUAGGUCCUUGUACAGGUUGCAAAGUGCAAUGUUUAGGUUGUUACAAAAAUCUGGAAGAAAGAACUUUCACAAAGUGCAAGCAAUGUGGAUGGCCUUUGUGCUCCCAAAAAUGCAAAGGAAUCGGCAGUAUUUUUGGACACACAGAAACUGAGUGUUUUAUAUUAAAACAGACAAAUUCAGCGCGAUUUUUAAACUAUAAAAAUGUGUCCACAAUACGAACGCAUUUACACGCAAUAGCACCUUUAAGGUGUUUACUCUUAAAAACAACAUCUCCUGAUCAAUACAAUUUAAUAUUAAACAUGGAACACCACAACCCAUUAAGACAGAACAUUCCGGAAGUCUGGAAUACCAACCAGAUAAAUGUAGUCGAUAGAAUUAUCAAGGAUUGGGGAUUGAAGGAGUACUCAGAGGAGGAAAUUCAUACCGUUUGUGGCAUUUUAGAAGUGAAUUGCUUCGAAAUAGGCCACGACGUAAACGUUAGAGGAUUGUAUCCCAAAGCAUUCCUAAUGGCCCACGAUUGCGUACCGAACACCAAUCACAACGACGAGGAAAAUUACGAGUUAACGGUCAGAGCUUCCACGAAAAUUUUCCAGGGACAAGCUAUUACGUUAAGUUACGCUUACACUCUACAGAGCACCCUAAAACGCAGAGAGCACCUGUUGAACAACAAAUUCUUCGAAUGUUUCUGUAAGAGAUGCUCGGACCCCACCGAGUUGGGUAGUUACAGCAGCGCCUUGUUGUGCCCCAAAUGCACAACUGGAAUCGUUCUCUGCGACAAUCCCUUACACGCGGAAUCGACUUGGAGUUGUACUGAAUUAUCCAAGAAGUGUCCGGGUUAUACCAUCACAGCCAAAUCCAUGAAACUUUUGCUCGACAGAAUCACAGAGGAAGUGGACGGGAUUGAUUGCAAUGAUGUGGCAACGAUGGAGUAUUUUUUGAGUAAAUACCGCAACGUUUUGCAUCCUAAGCAUUACAUUAAUUUUGGAAUUAAAGUUUCGUUAAGUCAACUUUACGGUAAGACUAAAGGGUUUUUGAUACAGGAGUUAAAUGAGGAUCAAUUGGAGAGAAAAAUUGAAAUAUGUAGAGAAGUUCUGGAAGUGUUGGAUGUAAUCGAGCCAGGAUUCACGCGUAUUAGAGGUGUAACUUUGUACGAAUUGCACGCUCCGUUGAUGAUACUGUUCACCAGGCAAGCGGCCGAGAAAAAUUUGAGCAAAUCCGAAUUCAAACGGAGAUUAAGGGAAAUUUUUAACUAUUUAAAGGAAGCCAGCGUUAUUUUGCAAUUCGAACCCAAAUCGUCCGCCGAGGGUAAAAUGGGCCAGGCUGCUAGGGAAGCCUUAAAACAAGUCGAGGAAUGGCAAAAAAUUAUUGGAAAAUUUUAAGCAUACGUAUUAUUAUUGUAACUAAUAAAAAUAAUUUUAUAGUAAAA